AUGACCACCUUCGAUGAAAUCCUAGAGGAGGCAGGGAAUUUUGGUCGUUGCCAAAAGCGCAUUUUCGCUCUGCUAUGUAUGGUGUCGUUGCCUUUUUCUGGGGUCUAUGUGGGCAUUGUGUUCCAGGGGUUCACCCCAGAGCAUUGGUGCCGGGACUCAGGGGUGAGUCAGAUCCGGCAGAGCUGUGGCUGGAACCUGAUGGACACUAGAAAGAUCACGGUCCCUCUGGUCAACACCUCAGGAGUGCUGGUCCACAGCCAGUGUGAACAGUAUGACCUGGACUGGAACAAUACGGGUCUGACCUGUGACAACCCAGAGUCUGACCUCACCGACGCCCACCGCAGCAAAGCUCCCAUGACCUCCUGCAAAGAAGGCUGGGAGUAUGACUAUCAAGGCAGGCAGUCCUUUGUGACCGAGGUGAGAAAUGUCCCUUUUUUUUAUUAGACAAUAACUUGUAUUGUUAUGUAACACUAAACAAAUUAAUGUUUUAAGACAUUAAAGGGAUACUUUGGGAUUUUGCCAACGAGGCCUUUUAUCUACUUCCCCAGAGUCAGAUGAACUCAUGGAUAUCAUUUUUAAUGUCUCUGCGUGCAGUUUGAAGGAAGUAGCUAACUAGCGCAAGCCCAAUUGCUAACUGGAAGUCAUAGCACGCUAGCAGAUACCCAUAUACUUCCAGCUAUUGUGCUAACGCUAGUUAGCAUUGGCUCGCAAAACUACCUCUAACUUCCUUCUUACUGGACACAGAGACAUAAAAAUAGCAUCCACAAGUUCAUCUGACUCUGUGGAAGUACUGUAGAUAAUGGGCCUCAUUGCCAAAAUCCCCAAGUAUCUCUUUAAUAUGGCAGUUCAUUAUGAGGUAUUUGUUCAUUUCAGUUUGACCUGGUAUGUAAUGAUGCCUGGGUGGUGGACAUGUACCAGGCUACACUCAAUGUGGGCUUCCUCGUUGGAAGCAUAACGUUUGGAUACCUGGCUGACAGGUAAGUUUACUUCGCAACGCAGAAGAAAGAUUCUUUUUUUCAAUAUUAGAUCCUGUUUUUACAUGAUCUUUUUUUCUUCUUCUUUGAAGGUUCGGCAGAAAAAUGAGCUUCUUGAUGUCCAACCUCUUGAAUGGGGUUGCUGGAAUACUUGUAGCAGUGGCUCCAAACUAUAUAUCCAUGCUUGUAUUUCGCACAAUCUUUGGCUUUGCUGUCAAGGGAGGCUGGAUGUCUGUAUAUGUGCUUAGUAUGAAAAAAAAACCUUUGUCCCACAAAAGUUGAUAUAUUAACUACGGCGUAUAUGAUUUUGAUUAAUAAUUUGCAGCAAAUUUUUAUGGUUUAGUAAAUAGGAAGUUAGUUUAUUUCCUAUGCAACUUUCAACAGAGGAGGAUGGUCAAAUUAUGUUUCAGUAAAACUCUUGCUUGACUUAAGGUUACAUGCUUUACUGUACAGUAUGUGUCUUACCUGCAGUGUUGGGGAAAUAUAGUUGACCAAGUUACCAAUUACUUCACACUGAAAGAAGUUAGCUACACUAAAGCUACCUUUAAGAACAAUAUAGUUGACUUAACUAAAGUUACAUUUUUAAAAAGUAGUUCACUACACCCAAACUACUUUGUGAUAAAUUAUCAUGUCUAAAUCUGAUAUGUCAUAGACUACAAAUUGCAAGAACAGAUCAUUCUGGAGUCAGAUGUUUACAGAAGGUGUACUUUAGCCUAUUAAACACAAAAACUGUUUCAAAUUAGAAUUAGGCAGGUCUGAUGCCGAAAAAAAUCUUUUUUGCCUACUUUACCCAUAUUUUAUUUUUGCACAAAUUGUUGUGUUGUUCCAUUAGUUAGCUACACCGCUACAUGGCAAAAGCAAUUAACUACUGAAAACACUACCAAGAUUUGAAUUGAAUUCAAUGCAGUUAAAUUACUAGUUGAACUACAUGUAGUUCAUUACUCCCCAACACUGCUUACUUGUCUCCUCAGUUACUGAGCUGGUGGGAGUUGAGUACAGGAGGAUGGUGGGCGUGAUUUUCCAGAUGUUCUUCAGUGUGGGCAUUCUCGUUUUGACCCUCAUUGCCUACCUCAUCACUGACUGGCGCUGGCUGCAGGUGGCCUUCACUGUUCCUUACUUCAUAUUUCUAUCUUACUUCUGGUAAGACCCGGAAUCACCUCAGAUAUUAUACAGGCCUGUUGUAGGAUCACCAUGUCCAAUGCCCUGCUAUACUGUAUGUCUGCAUGGUUCUGAAAACCUCAUGUUGCGUCUCACAUUUUGGCUUCCAGGUUGAUCCCAGAGUCUCCAAGAUGGCUUCUCUCUCAGAACAACUCAACCAAAGCUAAGGAGAUCACUGAGGCAAUAGCGAAGGAAAACAAGAAAACCCUCUCCAAGAACAUUGAGGUAAGAAAUGUUUCAGGGGAUCAUACAUAAUUAAAAAGGCACUGCUAAACUAGAUUUGAUGACAACUUCCAUAGCCUAACAUAUUUUACAGACGCUGAGCGAUGACAAUGCAGAGACCUCAACUGCCUCUUUCCUGGAUCUGGUCAGAACUCCAAACAUGAGAAAGCACACCUUCAUCCUCAUGUUCAACUGGUAAGACCCAUGCUGCAAAAAAUUGCUAGACAUCUAUGACCAAUGAUUUAAGCUUAAAUUACAACAGCACUUAAGCUAUAUGUAACGUGGGGGAUUAUACCAUAAAUAAUCUUCCCUGUAGCCGAUACUACUACUUUUUUAUACGUGAGGUCCCCGGGACAGUAUUCAAUAAUCAAGGUUUCGCUUCAGAAUGUUCUGUUUAACUCUGGGCAACAUAAAAUACAUCAUACAUACCAACAACAACCCAGGAGAACAUGCCAAGGGAGAAGGAGAGCGGCACCAAUGGAGACAGGUACUCUUGCCAUAGAACCUUUACUCCCGAUUAAACUUGUCCAUUUGCAAUACACAAUGGUUGCUGCUCCCGUCCUCCAACGGCAUGCCAGCCUUUACAAUUUUUAGGGGAUCCCCUGAAACAUCUUCUUCUUCAGUGGAGUUUAAUGGUGGUUGGCAUCCAUUACUGCCCCCAAUUCAAGUAUAGUAUAAAUCUAUUACACUUUAUGAUACAAAAUGGAAAAGGGGUAAAUAAAAUAAAGAUACAAAUAAAUGUUGAAUUACCCUACCAACUAACCCUAUACUCAUUCAAACAAAUCACCUUAUUCCACUACUUUAACCCUCUCUGAUCCUACCCCAGGCCAACUGCCUGAGAGGACUGGACACUACCACUCAACACACCUUGUAACUCUUCUGAAGUCAAAUCUCAUACCCCCAAUUACUUCUCUGCAGCUGCCACCACAUGUAUUUUAGCUGACUUACGUUUCAUCUCUGCGGUACAGUUGAUAAGCAUUGCUAUGAAUGCUAAGAAGCCAACCUUACUGAAACAUAUAUCACUCAUUGGCCUAUCCCUCUGUUCUUGCACAUAUCUACUAUUGUGAAAAUUCUUACACAGGAAAACUCUAAGUCAAUCUUAAAUUAUUCAUUGUUUAUUGUCAGCGCGCUGGAGAGGUUACAACGAACUUGAUGCACCAUAGUGAACGUCUGUCAGGAGCUCUAAUGGGGCAGUUCCGUUAGUACUCUUAUAUACUGCAGACAAGUUAUAUUUGCAUGAUUUAGCUUAUUCAUCAUUAAUUCAUCAUUAACAUCUGCUUCAUUCAUGUGACCGACCAAUACUGGGUCAUGCAUGUGACAGACCAAUACCUCACGAGGCUUCUUCUCUCUAAGCUGAGACCUUGAAACUGAGAUAUCUUUCGUUCUCAAAACAAGGGUCUGGGCGUACUGCCAAAUUGCAGAUACUGAUAGUGAGGGUUCUUUCAAUCAGUCACUUGCAUGAACACAGAAAACAGUUAUUAGAAAAGCACAAACAUUGAACACAGAAAUGUAUAAAAUAGAAAAGCACCAACAUAACAUUUUCCAUCACACUGCUAUUCACAGAGAUCCUCUCAGAAUAGCCCCUGAAACAAGGGAAAAGCUCAGUUUUUAUACAAAAAGCCACACCCUUAAUUAAAAGGAGGUGCACCUGUGACUGGCAGAGGCAAGAGGGUGCGUUCAAGAACCACAACAAACUUUAACCCGUUACAUAUACAUUUAUGACAGGGUCCCUUUCUCUUCUCGUGGCCUAAUUUGAUGUUGUAUCAUCAUCUUCACAGGUUCACUAGUGCUAUUGUCUACCAGGGUCUUAUCAUGCGUGUGGGAAUCGCAGGAGGAAACGUCUACAUUGACUUCCUGAUCUCUGGCCUGGUAGAGUUCCCUGCUGCCUUCCUAAUCCUCUUCACCAUCGAUCGUAUUGGACGUCGUCUUCCCUUUGCUACGGCCAACAUUGUAGCUGGAGUAUCCUGCUUCAUCACUGCUAUGAUCCCAGAUAGUAAGUGUGCAAUAUCUGAAAGGAAACUUGUUAGAAAAUGGUAGUACCCCGUCUUAUUUAAUGUGCAUAGUACAUACGAUACAGUAAUGUCUCUCUCUCUCUCCUGCAGGUUACUUCUGGGUCAAAACAGUUGUGGCCUGCGUUGGCCGGUUGGGCAUCACCAUGGCAUUUGAGAUGGUGGUGUUUGUGAACACUGAAUUAUACCCCACCUUUGUCAGGUAAGGUUUACCAGGGGUGCACAUCUCAAAAUGUAUAACUAAUAACAAACAUAGCAGGAAACAAAUUAUGGAAAAAAUACUACAACUGUUUCUCUCCUCAGGAACCUGGGCGUGUCAGUGUGCUCCACUCUGUGUGACAUCGGAGGCAUCGUUUCCCCGUUCCUGCUCUACAGACUGGCUACCAUCUGGCUGGAACUGCCACUCAUCAUCUUCGGUACAUGAUUAAAACACUAAUUAACCUGUUAUAAGAUGCUUAUACACCGGAGACCAUUUCUGUCUGAGGAGUCCAUUUCUGUCAGACACUCAAUGUGGUAAUAUGUUUUGUUGUACCCCACAGGGGCGAUAGCGUUCGUAGCUGGAGGUUUAGUCUUGCUGUUGCCUGAGACCAGAGGUGUAACACUUCCUGAGACUAUCGAUGACAUUGAGUUCCCAAACAGGUAUGAUUUUCUUUAUCACUUCAAAUUAAACUAAAUUGCACUGUAGUGUGUUAGAGGAUUUGUUUGGGGAAUAUGGAUUUAUUGUACAUAUUCCAUUGGUGAUCAGACACAAAGAAAAGUGCCUGAAGAGUCAACAGCUGACAAAUCUCUUGCCCACUGACAUGACGACCAACAAAGAAACUACAAUCGUCUGA